ACAAUCGAGCUAGCUAGUGGUCCGAUCCUUUGGUUAGUUAGAGAAGAUCACUUGAGUAAUUACCUAGCUAGAUUGAUCUGCGAGGUUUGGUCAUGGCUUCGUUCAGGACCUGGCAUUGCUUGCUCGCCUUCUUCCUACUCGCUUCGGCGGCGUCAGGGCAGCUCUCGCCGACGUUCUACGCGACGAGCUGCCCGACGCUGGGGCUCAUCGUGCGCGCCACCAUGAUCAAGGCCCUCCUCCUUGAACGCCGGAUGGGCGCCUCCCUCGUCAGGCUCUUCUUCCACGACUGCUUCGUCCAAGGCUGCGACGGCUCGAUUCUUCUGGACAACGUGGGGAGCUUCGUCGGCGAGAAGGGCGCUGGCCCCAACGUCAACUCCGUCCGCGGCUUCGAGGUCAUCGACGAGAUCAAGGCGAAUGUCGAGCUCCUCUGCCCCGGCGUCGUCUCCUGCGCCGACAUCGUCGCCCUCGCCGCGCGGGACGGCACCUUCCUGCUCGGUGGACCUAGCUGGGCGGUGCCGCUGGGCCGGCGCGACUCUACGACGGCGAGCCUGAACCUGGCGAACACCGAUCUCCCAUCGCCGGCGUCCAGCUUGGGCACUCUCAUCACGGCGUUCGGCAACAAGGGUCUGAGCCCGCGCGACCUGACGGCGCUCUCCGGCGCGCACACCAUCGGUUUCUCGCAGUGCCAGAACUUCCGGGAUCACAUCUACAAUGACACUGACAUCAACCCGGCAUUCGCCGCGCUGCGCCAGCGCAACUGUCCUGCCGCGCAGGGCACCGGCGACAGCAACCUCGCGCCGCUCGACGUGCAGACGAAGCUCAUCUUCGACAACGCCUACUACCGCAACCUGCUGGUCCAGCGCGGCCUGCUGCACUCCGACCAGGAGCUCUUCAAUGGAGGCUCCCAGGACGCGCUGGUGCGGCAGUACAGCGCCAACCCGGCCCUUUUCGCCUCCGAUUUCGUCGCCGCCAUGAUAAAGAUGGGGAACAUCAACCCGCUCACCGGAACCGCUGGCCAGAUCAGGGCCAACUGCAGGGUGGUCAACAGCAGCUGAUUACAUGUUUCUUCGAUCAGUUCGUAUUAUCAGUACAACUGGAUAUAUAUUCGUACAAGCAGUACGCUAUACAUACGUAUAGUCUGGUAAGACUUUGGUUGGCUACAAAGGUAACCAACCACGCAAGAGAAUAAG